GAAUUAAACGAAUGACUCCAUUAACCUCAUAAGAAUUUGUCGGAGGGUCCAAUGUCCGAGCGGAUUUGGAGGCAGCUAUCGCUCUUGGGGAUCCCGGAUUGAAUCCGGACGGGUCGUUGCCUACAAGAAUUUAUCGGGGAACUAUCUGUUUGCAUAUGUCGACUCUUGUGUCGUGGUGUUACUCACUUUCAUUGUCUAGCCGAAACGACGAUGGACAUUUGAUAAAGAAGAUCGUCUUAAGAGUUUGUGCCAUUAAUGGAGACUAAGAAGAUUUUAUCACGCUCUUAAUGAAUGGUUUGGCUGGGUGAUGAGGGAUAGUGUUUGAUGCAAUUUUCUUUACACUAUUUGUGGCUGUUAAAUUUUCAAAAUCGAUCUAAUAGAUUGGAUCAGGUUGAUCAAUCUGCAGUUAAUGAAGAAAAUCCUAGUGCGAGAAACAAUAAAUUUUAUGUUAACAAAGCAUAUGAUGAUCGAUAUGAUGAUAUCGACCUUGACCAAAAUGAAAUAAAGGAGGCAAAUCAUUCUAAAAGUAGCAAAAAUUAUAAUGAAGAUCAGAAAAACAUAACUAACAACUAUGAAAAUCUUCAUUCUUUAAAUGGUGAAACAGAAACAAAUCAGAUUGAAUUUAAAGCAGAACAGCACAAGUUAAAAAAUCUUCAGAAUGAAACUGAACUUGAUUCUUCAAAUAUUUCUGAAAGUGAAAGGCAUGAAAUUGAUGAAAAUAAUAUUGAGAAUGAUCAAAAUAAAGAGCCUAUGGUUAUUAUUAAUAAGAAUGAAAAUGUUCUCUUAAAAGAUGAAGAUGAAGAUCAAACUGAAAGUGACGAUGACGAUUCAGAAUUUAAAAACAGAAGAUUUUCCCAUAGAGAUUCAUUAACCAGAUUAGCAAGUUUCUCAGAACACGUACAACAUCAGUCAUCAGAUGAUGACGAUAUACCUAUUGAACAAGGUCCUAAAAGAUCAAUAGUUAGUUUUAAUGAUAUUACAGAGUACAUUCCAUAAAAUUAUAAUGUAAUUUAUAUAA